CAUACCCUCCUUGCAAACCCAAUGGUUUUCUUGGCGGCCAGCACCGACGAAGAUCUAGGGUUUUGCCUCUCCCUCUUCUCAUCCAUCACUAAUGGCGCCCCAGAAGAAGGCGAAGAAGAGUACUGAGAGCAUAAACAACAGGCUCGCUCUCGUUAUGAAGAGCGGGAAGUAUACCCUCGGGUACAAGACGGUUCUCAGAUCCCUUCGGAAUUCCAAAGGGAAGUUGAUAAUUAUUGCAAACAAUUGCGCUCCUCUCCGCAAGUCUGAAAUUGAGUAUUAUGCAAUGUUGGCUAAGGUUGGCGUACAUCAUUUCAACGGGAAUAAUGUGGACCUUGGAACAGCCUGCGGCAAAUAUUUCCGUGUGACUCCGACAUCAUCAAGAGCAUCCCAGGUGACCAGUGAGAGAAGGGAGAGAAAUCUAGGUUGUACUUGUGAUUUAGGGAUCAAAUGUUGUCGAUCAGUCAAGUCCUUGCUUGGUCUAGGGUUGUUCCCUACUAUAGAUUUUGACUUUAAAUUGUUGCAAGAUAACUGUGCUGCAUUUAUCAUUUUGUUGUUGUUUUGUCAUUUUAACACCUUUUAUUGCCAAGGGGGACUUGAUUCUUUUGCCCCAGGUGAAAUGUUUUUAAGUUUUUUAUGGUUUGUGAAGCCAAAUUCUAAUUACAUUUUUUAUCUAGUGUAUUUUUCUACGAUCUGCCAAUGUGGAGCUCCCAUUCUAUGUUCUGUGGUAGAUCUUGGAGUGGGUUGUCCAGUAUGUAUCUGGGAAAUAAUAAAUAUAUUUAGGAGUGAGAUAACAUAAAAUGGAAUAUCAGAA